AUGGCAUUCAAAAAAGUUGCCCAGACCAAGUCAUUGCCUCCGUUGCCUAAGUUGAGGCUCAGAAAUCCAGUUCUCCAAAAAAGUACAAACCAAUGUUACGUUUUGAUGUCGUCUCUUUUGAACUGCUGGGCAGCCAAUGGAGAAGGUUCAGCACAAUGUUCAGCUUUUGAGCACGACUUGAAAACAUGCAUGGAAACAUUCAAGCCACAGAAGGAGACCGUCAGCUCAAUCAACUACCAUGCUGGAAGGUUGUAUCCAAAGUUCAGAAGGGUGAAUGAUUAG